CUGCUCCGCUCCUCCCUUCCCCUCACCUCACUACAUACACUGCUCUUCCUUCCUUCCCCUCUACAACCAAGAUUCAAAGAAUCCAAUCCAGUCCAAUCCAUCUUCUCUUUGCCACUCUUCUCCGCCGGAGCUGCUGCCAAAGUCUCUGUCUUUCUCUGUGUCCGUCCAGUAGAUGAGCAUGGCGGCGACGGCGGCCACGGCCACGGCCUGGCCCUCCACCUCCUCCUCCGUCCUCGCCCCUCGCACCCGCCACCACGCCACCCGCAGCCCCCGCGCCCUCCGCUCCGGCUUCCUUGGCCGCGCCCUCACCCUCGCCGCCCCCACAGACCGCCCCUCCCCCGUCUCCGUCUCCGUGCGCGCGGCCUGGGACGGCCCCCUCUCCUCGGCGCGCCUCAUCAUGCAGGGCCGCAACGUCAAGCUGACGGAGAAGCUCAAGGAGCACAUCGAGGACAAGGUGGGGCGCGCGGUGCACAACCACGCGCACCUGGUGCGGGAGGUGGACGUGCGCCUCUCCGCCCGCGGCGGCGACCUCAGCAAGGGCCCCAAGCUCUCCCGCUGCGAGGUCACGCUCUUCACGCGCCGCCACGGCGUCGUGCGCGCAGAGGAGGAGGAGGAGUCAUCCUACGCCUCCAUCGACGCCGCCGCCGCCGUCGUCAAGCGCAAGCUGAGGAAGAUCAAGGAGAAGGAGACCGACGUGCGCCACCUCAAGGGCACCAAGGAGUGGCAGGCCUCCGGGCUGUCCGACGUGGAAGACGAGUCGGAGGCAGAGGAGCUGGAGGAUGACGACGAUGACGAGCUCGUGGAGGUCAUCGGCGCCGAGGACGAGGAGACCGUGCUCACCAAGGUUGUGCGCACCAAGGUGUUCGAGAUGGCGCCGCUGACGGUGGAUGAGGCGCUGGAGCAGCUGGAGAACGUCGACCACGACUUCUACGCCUUCAGGAACGAGCAGACAGGGGAGGUGAACAUCCUGUACAAGAGGAAGGAGGGAGGGUUCGGGCUCAUCAUCCCCAAGCAGGACGGCCAUGUCGACAAGGCCACCGUCAACGCCAAGGAGAAGGAGCACCCCGUCGCCGGCUGACGUCUCCUCUCCAUGACACCAAGUGGAUCACUAGCUGUAGCUGCAUUAGUCGGUCUGUUUUUUCCCUGAUGAUAAUAAUGGUGGUGGGUGUCUUAUGAA